GAUAUACGAAAUAAGCAUCCCUACUAUCGGCAGCCAUUUUUUCACGCUUUCUUGCGAAAAAAUUGUGAAAAUUCAAGUAAAAAGUUGUUAAACUGGCAAGAAAAUAAUUUAUAAAGAUCACAUAUACUGAAAUAGUAUGCGAAUUUGAAUAUUGUGCGUGCGUGUAGUGUGUGAGCAUUGAAAUAAUCAUGGAGACGGUCGUCGCUUUCAAUAAUGAGCUCUCCGGGCUCUAUGAUAGCCGACCGCCCAUAUCGAAGGCUAAAAUGGCCGCCAUCACAAAGUCGGCAAUGCGUGCAAUUAAAUUCUACAAGCAUGUUGUGCAGAGUGUUGAAAAGUUUAUACUCAAAUGCAAGCCGGAGUACAAAGUGCCGGGCCUGUAUGUCAUAGACUCAAUAGUGCGACAAUCGCGUCAUCAAUAUGGCACCGAGAAGGAUGUCUUUGCGCCCCGCUUCCAGCGUAAUCUAACCGAAACGUUUGCAAAUCUGUUUCGUUGCGCGCCCGAGGACAAGAGUCGCAUCAUUCGCGUGCUGAACCUUUGGCAGAAGAAUAAUGUGUUCAAAUCGGAAGUAAUACAGCCAAUAUUUGAUUUGGCUGAUCCAAACCAUCCGAUUUACCAUCAAAUGCCACCAAUCAGCGCCGGCAAUCUCAACGCGAGCUCUGGACCAAGUGGCAGCAGCGGUGUUCUAAAUCUUUCGGAUAUUUCCAGUGGCAAUGCUGCCAAUGGUUUGAAUGCCUCGGGAAUGAGCAAUAUGGAUAUGAGUGGUGCUGUCGACGAUAAAAUGGGUGGUGCAAUGCCGGAUCUGUCGAUAAGCCACGAGAAGUGCUCAAGCUCUAGUCGACGUCACAUGGAACAGCAUUAUAUGAAGCGUCAACAACAGCAGCAGCAGCAUCAACAUAAUAUGCCAUCCAGCAAUUCGGCAUCUGGUUCCAAGAGUCGUUUCGAUAGUGGGGGACUAAGCAAGUCGCAUCAUCACAACAAAUAUGGCAAGGGUAGCAGCUCCCAUGAGCUGGACUAUGACCUGCGUGAGAUAAUCGAUGACGAGGAUGGGGACAUGCUGAUGGGCGACGAUCAUCAUUGUAUGGGCGAUGAUACGCCGCCCGGCUCUUCCAAUUUGCUAGAUAACAAUAAUUUAAAGCAACUGCUCAACGAUCCCAAUGUCUUACGCCAACUGCAAACGCUGCAAAACUUUCAAAAGUUCAAGCAACAAGAGGAGAAUCAAAAGCAUCGCUACCAGGAGCAGGAUGCCCUGCAGCAGCAUUUGCAGAAUGUUCUCAAGGGCACAGGUGGCUUGCCGCCGGGCGUCGGCAUGGGCAUGGGCCACAAUGAUGUGACGGACAUGAACAAGGAUGUUGAAUUCAUAUCGGAACAGCAACCCAUUGAGGUUAUCAAUCUGGAUGGUGCCGAUUCCCGUAGUCCGACGCCCGAUCGUGACCGUUACAAGCGCAGCCGACGCAGCAGCCGCAGUAGAUCGCCCCGUAGUCGUGGCGGCGGCGGUGGUGGGGGUGGUGGUGGCAAUGGAAACGAUCGUGAUCGGGGAAGUCGCCGUCGCAGCUCACGUUCGCGCAGCCGUUCGCCACGUUCCAGCCGCAGGCGCGGAUCGCGCGAUCGUGACCGCAUGGAGCGCAGCACGCGCGACAAGGAGCGGGAUCGCGAACAUGAACGUGAGCGACGCAAGAAGGGCCUGCCCGAGAUUAAGAAGGAGCAUCUAAGUGUGUGCAGUACCACGCUGUGGGUGGGCCAUCUCUCCAAGCUGGUGUACCAGGAGGAGCUCUCGGAUACUUUUGGCGAAUAUGGCGAUAUCGUGAGCAUCGAUCAGAUUGUGCCCAGAGGUUGUGCUUUCAUUGUGAUGAAUCGUCGCCAAGACGCACACAAGGCUAUGCAGGCGCUUAAGAAUCACAAGCUUCAAGGUCGUGCCAUUACCAUAUCUUGGGCAGCUGGGAAGGGUGUGAAGAGCAAGGAAUGGAAGGAUUUCUGGGAUCUUGAUCUCGGCGUCACAUAUGUGCCGUGGAACAAGCUGAGCCCCGACACGGACUUCGACAGUCUCGAGGAGGGCGGCAUGUUCGACGAGGACACCAUGCCCAGCUGGAUGAAGCAAAAAAUCAAUCAGGCGAAAAAUGUCAAGGAUGUCAAGCCGACAGCCCUAACCGGCGAAAUGCCCAAUGUGCCGUCUGUGGCGCCGCCAAACUUGCUCUUUGGCAUUGACACCACACAGCCACCGCCAGUGGCUCCGCCACAGCAUGGCGGACCUGGUGCACCUCCGCCCGCACUGAUGGGUAUGGUGCCUGGCCAGUUCCAGAUGGCGCCUCCAUUGGGCGCACCACCGCCGCAGCGCAUGCUGGGUCCCAUGGGACCGCUGAACCAUCCGUUGGGCAUGGCUAUGCCUCCGAAUAUGGUGCCCGGCAUGCCGCCGCCAAUGAUGAUGCCGCCUAAUAUGAUGCCACCCGGUUUUCCGACCAUGGGCGGCCCACCUCCACAUCCUAUGGGACUGCCGCCGGGCGCACAGUUCCCCCCGCCGGGAGCAGUGCCGCCGCCCAUGACCACAAUUCCAGCACCCGCGGGCUCUGGCACUGGCAAUGUGAGCGACGACCAAAUGGAUAUCGAAAUGGAGCUUGAGGAUGCACCAUCGCAAUCGGCACCUACGUCCUCACAACAGCAAGCACCUAACUUCAGCCAGCCGCCGCCGAUCUUUGCAGGUGGCGCCACGCAACCGAACAGUGUGGAUGUGGCUGCAGCGGUUGCUGGCAAUGAUCUGUUCCAAAGGGAUCGCGCACGUGGUCCUAGCGGCGCAGGUUCUCGCUGGGGCGGCCGCGACGACAUUGCUGAGGCUUCGGAGCGCUGGAGGAAUGAGAACGGAGGCGGUGGACCGCCGCCGCUAAGCGGAGCCUUCAACGAGGCACGAGCGCGUCUCAAUCUCAAUAGCAUGGAACAUGGUGGAAUGCAACGUCCAGAAUUCUUGGGUGGCUUGGAAUUUGAUAAUCGUCCAGGCGGUGGACCGCGUGGUAUGGGUCCAGGCCCCAGGGGUGGCAAUCAUAAUGGCGGCAAUGGCGGAGGUGACUUCUUCCAGCCCAAUAUGAAUCCCAAUCAGAAUCGUUUCAAUCAGCCAACGAGUCUGAUGCAGAUGCGCAUACCGCCGCCGGUGGCGUUUAAUCAGCGCAUGGGAGGACCGGGUGCAGGCAAUGGAGUGGGCCCCAUGUUUAUGCGUAAUCAAGGUGGCGGUGGACCAGGCGGCAGGCAGCAAGGACCAGGUUUCUUCAAUCCGCGCAAUCCGUUUAACGAUAACCAACGUGGUCGUGGUGGUGGCGGAGGUGGUGGCGGCAGCGGUGGUAGUGGUGGUGGUCGUGGCAUGGGCGGUGGCGGAGGUCGCGGUGGCCGAUGGAGUGAUGAGGAGGAAGACGGCGGCAGCAAUAGCAACAACUUCAAACGGCGUGGAGGCGGUGGCCCAGGUGGCCCGGGCAAUCGAUUCCGUGGCGAACGCGAUGGCGAUGAUAGACGCGGCGGCAAUGGACGUAGUGGACGUGGUAGCCAGCGCAGCGAAGAGCGUGAACGUGGACCCAAUAAUAAUAACAGACGUGGCUCACGCGACGACAGUAAUCGCCACUCGAUAAGCUCCACGGAUGAGAACGCAUUGCAGGGCAAACAGUCUUCGUCGGAGCCGGAUGAUAUGAAGAAUAAGCCGGUGGCAGCGCCAUCCGUGAACAAUGUAGAAAAAUCAGCUGCUGUAGAUACCGAGGAGGACUGGGAUAGAGAGCUGCAGGAGUAUGAUGCUAGAAUGGAAGCGCAACAAGCAGCUGAAGCUGCAGAAGCCACCGCUGCCGCCUCUGGCGCUGGUACUUCUACUGCCACAGAUACCUCUGAUAUUAAUAAACAGAAAUCGGAGACGCUGGCCGAAGCGGCACCUGCGUCAGUAGUAGAGACGUUUGCCACCCCGCAUGCGGAAGAAAUCAGCGAGGUGUCCAAGCCCAAGGCACCAUCGCCUGUCUGCACGCCUCUCUAUGACGAGUUGCCGCCACCAGCAUCAGCAGCUGGAGCAACGGCACCGCCACAGCCAGUUGAGCAGGCCGAAGAGCCAAAUCCAAAGAUCGAACAGAAGCGUGUGACUGAGGAAUUUACGCAUGAGCCCGAGCCUGAGUCUGCGCCUGCAACAGUGCAACAGCCACAACAACGCGUUGAUUCCCCACCCAGAGCAGAGCAGUCACCGCCAGCCUCAGCAGCCCCAGCAACAACAACAACAACAACAACAACAACAGAUGCAACGAAAGAUAUAGCGGAGGAAACUGAGCCAGUUGCCAGUGCCCAGCCAGCAGUUGAGGCAGACUCAUAGAAUGCCGAGGAUAACGAGGAAUAACAGAAAAGGACAACAAAGAUAGAAGGAACGGAAGAAAUGUGUAUUUUAUGAUUUCCUUACAUAUGAUUCAUGUAUGUAUGCAUGUCACACAGCAUACAUAUGUAUAUGCCCCCUUUUAAUAAUAUUAAAAUUUUAGCUUUUGAGAUUACGCAUUUGUUGAGACGCGACAAAGGUCUGCACUAUUCUUGCUAGGCUAAGGCACUUUAUUUGUAUAAUUUUUAAACGAUUCACAUAUUAUUUAAGGCUUUGGUGCCGCAAUAACAUAAAAACCAACAAAUUGUAGGGUCCUCUGACAUCGGACGCUAAUAAUUCCCCUCCUUCAAAUAAGAAUAUUGUAUGUAAAACAACAAGAAAUGAUAACCCAAACUCCAGAAAACAUCAACAGUUAAAAGGCGCAAAAAAGGAACAAAUUGUAGCAAAUAAUUAGAGAAUAAUAUGAUAUAAUAUGGACGAAAUUAAUAGACAGAGGAGAAAACAGCCACGCUUGAGAAAUGUUUAUAAUUUUGUUAUGUAUAUAAUUUUAAGAUGGUAUUUAACACAAACUGUUUCUUAUGCGCAGGUUAUAAGUACACGUAUAAUAAUGUACAAUUUAAAUAUGAAAAUAUUAUCAAUACUAUUAAUAAUAAACAAAAACAGACAGUUGACUUAUAA